AUGGCCGAGAAGCGCAAACAUAUUGUUCUCUUUGGGGACUUGACUUGUGACUCGGUCGCGGGUCUCAGAACCCUGGCCACCAUUAAAGACAAUCCUCUUUUGACCUCCUUCUUCGAAAGAGUUACAGCCGGCCUUCGAGAGGAAAUUGGUCUGCUUCCACUCUCGCAGCGUCAACGAUUCAUCCGCUUUACGACAUUUGAGGAGCUUCUCGCUAGAGUCCAGCGCUCAACUUGUCCCCAUCCUGGACUUGAAAAGGGUUUAGCGUGUACCUAUCAACUGGCAUGCUUCAUCCGGCACUACACCUCUCCCGGUCGAAGGUAUCCCUCGAUGCAUGAAACUUGCAUCGUAGGUCUUUGUACUGGUCUCCUCAGUGCAGCAGCUGUGGGGUGUUGCGAGAGCAUUACGGACCUCCUCCCUCUAGCGACACACACAGUACUUAUAGCGUUUCGCGCGGGUUUAUUUGUUGCCGAUGUGCGUGACAGACUGGAGCCGCAGACAGGGUCACCCGUGGCGUGGAGUGCUCUGACUCCUGGCUUAGAUGGUGACACAGCUGCCUCAAUCUUACAAAGGUAUAGUGAGGAGAAGGGCCUUCCCGCUACAUCGGCCCCAUACAUCAGUACAUAUGCCAAUACAGGAGUUACACUGAGUGGUCCACCAAGCGCACUUGAUGAUCUUCUUACUUCAGGCUGCUUCCCAAAGAGCCGGUCUCUUACGAUUCCUAUAUAUGCCCCGUACCACGCUCCUCACCUUUACGGACAAAACGAUAUAGACAAUAUCCUCCGAAAGGCUAGUGCCCCAGAAUUUGCAUCAUACGAGUGUCAAUUCAAUGUUUUAUCCUCCACAACUGGACAAAGCAUCAGGGUUGACACAUACGGCGCAUUAACCGGUCACGCCCUGAAUGAAAUUCUCCGAGAGCCGCUACGAUUGGACCUCAUCGUCUCUUCGCUAGGCGAGGCCUUGCUAUCAGAGUCUCCCAUACCAAGCUGCACGAUCCUUCCCAUCGCCACACUCGUUGGGCAAAGCUUCGCUGCCGCACUCCGAAAGCAAGGCGUGCCGGAUAUAAUCGUAGACCCCUGCAUGAACUCCAGUGUUGCUGUGCAAGAUGAUCGAACGUCUACAACCGGACAUCUAGGCCAUUCUAAACUAGCCAUUAUCGGAUACUCUGGCCGGUUUCCUGAUGCCAACAACAACGAAGAGUUCUGGCAACUACUUCACGAAGGCCGUGAUGUCGCCAGCAUAACACCCAGUAAUCGCUGGGAUGUUAGGACGCAUGUGGAUCCGAGUCUCAAAAGAAAGAAUACCAUGGGCACGCCGUACGGAUGCUGGCUGAAAGAACCCGGACUCUUUGAUGCCAAGUUUUUUGCUCUAAGUCCUAGAGAAGCACCACAAGUUGAUCCUGCGCAGCGUCUUGCGCUUAUGACCGCGUACGAGGCAAUGGAAUUUGCUGGAUUCGUGCCGGACUCCACACCAUCCAGUCAGUCUGAUCGCAUUGGAGUUUUCUAUGGCACCACGAGCAACGACUGGGGUGAGACCAAUAGCUCGCAGGAUGUCGAUACCUACUACAUUCCUGGAUCAUGCCGAGCCUUCAUCCCAGGACGCCAAAACUUCUUCUACAAAUUCAGCGGUCCAAGCUACAGCGUUGACACAGCCUGCUCCUCGGGGCUAGCCGCCCUCCACCUUGCCUGCAACUCGCUGCUCAAAGGUGACAUCGACACAGCCAUCUGCGGAGGAACGAACGUUCUUACCAACCCUGAUAUCACUGCCGGCCUUGACCGUGGGCACUUCCUCUCCCGAACAGGAAACUGCAAGACCUUCGACGACGAUGCCGAUGGAUAUUGCCGCGGAGAGGGAGUAUGCACAAUGGUCAUCAAACGGCUGGAGGAUGCAAAGGUAGACAAUGACCCCAUCGUCGCCGUGAUUCUUGGGGCGUACACCAAUCAUUCUGCUGAGGCGGAGAGUAUUACUCGGCCACAUAUUGGGGCGCAGAAGGCUAUCUUCGAGAAGGUGCUCACUUCGGCUGGCGUUGAGCCUUAUAGCGUGGGAUAUGUUGAGAUGCACGGCACUGGGACUCAGGCUGGUGAUGCCAGGGAGAUGAAAUCCGUUCUUUCCAUCUUUGCGCCUGAGACAGAAAGGCCGCGUGCUGAUGUUGAGAGGCUGUUCUUGGGCUCUGCAAAAGCUAAUGUUGGCCAUGGGGAGUCUGUCUCUGGUCCUAUUGCUAUGAUCAAGUCGCUCAUGAUGCUGGAAAGGAACGAGAUACCGCCUCAUUGCGGAAUCAAGACGAAGAUCAACAGUGGCUUCCCGACGGAUCUCACUGAGCGCAAUGUACACAUAGCUACGACGCCUGUUCCGUGGGAAAGACCGGAAGGUGGUGUUCGCCGAAUUAUGAUCAACAACUUCUCCGCUGCCGGAGGUAAUAGCUCUGUCUUGAUCGAAGAUGCGCCAGUCUUUGAGCCUAAAAGCAAAGAGGUCGAUCCUCGCUCCACACAUGUGGUAGCUGUGAGUGCCAAGUCGAGUACUGCGUUGGCAGCUAACAUCAAAUCUCUGCUAUCAUACAUGGCCACUACAAAGCCAGCACUCCCCAGUUUAUCAUAUACAACGACUGCCAGGCGCAUCCAUCAUCCAUUUAGAGUCAUGGUAAGUGGGUCAGACCUGUCUGAGGUCCAGGCUGUACUAGAGAACAAGGUCGUAUCUCCCACGGUCCAGAGCCGAAGCAGGACCGCGCAGCGUGUUGCAUUCGCAUUCACCGGCCAGGGAUCACAAUACAUUGGCAUGGGCGAAAGCCUAAUGCACUUCACUACCUUCCGCAGCGACAUCGAGCGAUAUGAUGGCAUUGUACAAACCCUUGGUUUCCCUUCUUUUUUACGGUUGAUUGAACCGGGAAGUGGCGAUAUUUCCGAACUUCCUCCACUUGUCGUUCAGGUCGGAACGGUGUGUAUCCAGAUUGCAAUGGCGCGUCUGUGGCGAUCUUGGGGAAUAGAACCUUGUGCUGUGGUUGGCCAUAGCCUCGGUGAAUAUGCAGCAUUGAACAUUGCUGGCGUACUGUCUGAAGCAGACACCAUUUUCCUGGCUGGGAAGCGGGCACAACUAUUGCAGAACGAUAUUUCAGCAAACACACAUGCCAUGCUUGCUAUCAGUACGGGUGUGGGGGAAACGAGAUCGCUGUGCAAGGGUCUGGAAUACGACAUUGCGUGCAUCAACACACCAAGAGAGACCGUCUUGAGUGGGACAAAUGAGCAGAUCGACCGAAUACUCGAUGUUCUGUCUUCUUCAAACCUUAAGAAGACCAGACUCCGUGUUCCGUUUGCAUUCCAUUCUUCGCAGAUGCAGCCCGUGCUUCAGAAGUUCAAAGCCGCCGCGCGAGGCGUCAAAUUCUACGAGCCAAAAGUUCCUGUCAUCUCGCCUCUUCUUGGAGAAGUCCUGACAUCAAAGGAACCAUUUGGACCGAGUUAUCUCGCUCGUCAUUGUAGAGAAACGGUUAACUUUGCCGCCGCACUUGAAAGCGCAAAGACAGAUGGAGUCAUCAGCAGUGCGAUAUGGGUUGAGGUAGGAGCACAUCCUAUUGUGUCUGGAUUACUGAGGAACAAUCUCGACUCAACGCUGAAGACUGUUCCCACCCUUCAGCGCAACAAGGACACCUGGAAAGUGAUCACCACCAGCCUGUCUACUUUGUACGAGUCCGGUGUCGACGUCAGAUGGUCUGAAUACCACCGCGACUUCACCCCAGGUCUUUCUGUCCUACGACUCCCAUCAUACAACUGGGACCUGAAGGAAUACUGGAUACAAUACGUCAAUGACUGGUCUUUGUACAAAGGGGAUGCACGAUUCUUAAAGGGGCCACCUGGGCUAUCGACUACCUGCGUCCAUAAGCUCGUCGAGGAGAAGAAGGACGGCAGCAAAAUCACCGUUGUGGGUGAGGUGGAUGUUCUCCGCGACGAUGUGGAUCCGUUCGUUCGUGGCCAUCGUGUCAAUAAUCUGCCUCUCGUCACUCCAUCCGUGUAUGCUGAAAUGGCGCUCGUGAUUGGGGAAUAUCUCCGUAAGCAGCAGGCCCGGCUUUCUGGAGCCCUGGUGGAUUUGCAACAUAUGGACGUGCAACGACCGUUUGCAACGAAGAGUAAAGGGAAAGGUCCCCAGCUUUUGCAAUGCCAUGUCGUGCUUGAUUGUGAGAGCUUCCAGGCAUCGGUGGAGUUUUGGAGCGUCACACCAGAAGGCAAGAAGCUUGUUAGACACGCCAUCGCCAGCAUCACGUUCCCGGAUGCGAAGGCCGCUCAGGCGGAGGUCCAGCAGCGUGCGGAGAGCAUUCUGCAGGAAAUGGAAGACAUGGCGGCUAGAGUCAAUACUGACGACCGAGUGCAGAAGUUCACCGGUAGAACCGGAUACAACUUGGUAUCCUCACUCGCCUCCUAUGACUCCGAGUACAUGGGUGUUUCCUCGGUUCUCCUGGACAGUGCCCGGUUGGAGGCUGUUGCGACUGUUAAAUUCAACAAUCCUCGAACAGCUGGGGUAUACCAUGUAAAUCCAUACCUGAUCGAUAAUCUUGGACAGCCGGCUCUCUUCGUUAUGAACGCCAAUGACCAAGCCGAUCUCAGCAAAGAAGUAUUCGUCAACCAUGGCUGGAAAUCCCUGCACUUCUACAAGCCGCUAUCAAUCAAAAAGACGUACCGAUCGCACGUCCGCAUGAGCGGGCCUGACACUGAUGGAUUGUAUGGCGGGGACAUGGUUGUUUUCGAGGGUAAGGAGGUUGUCGCCGUGUAUAAGGGCAUAAAAGCACAAGGGGUUCCGCGAAGGCUCAUGGACUAUAUUGUUCACAUGCGCGAUGACACCAAAGCCGGUGCGCCUUCUGGGGGGACUCUUAAUGCUGGCCAUGCUGGACCGAACUCGGCAGCCGAUCAGUUCAUGGAAAUUACUCGUACAGGCAACGGCUCAGAUAGCUGGAAUGCCGCACUCCAGAUAAUAUCGGAAGAGAGUGGUGUCCCCAUCGCUGAAUUAUCGCCCGAAGCAGCAUUCGACGACCUAGGCGUGGACUCGCUUCUUGCCCUGCUCUGUGCCAGCCGCUUCCGUGAGGAACUUGGCCUGCACUACGAGUCAUCCAUCUUCCUAGAUCAUCCCACCAUCAAGGAGUUAGAGGCAUUCUGGAAACAAGGCGCACCUGAGAGCGGAGCGGUGGCUGUAAGCGGCCGCGACGCUGUCCUAAACUCCAUGUUUGCCGAAGCAGAAGCAGAGGUCGACCAAGACAAGAGCAGUAGCGACGAGGACCGAUCAUCAUUAGGCACCAGCUCGUACGAAGUCAUCAAUGCCAGCACGACAGAGACCACACCAGAGAUCAGUAAAACAUCUUCACCCAAGAUCUCCGCAACGUCGCUUCUCCUGCAGGGUAACCCGGCUCUGCCCUCGACAGUCAAGACUCUAUUUCUGCUCCCGGAUGGCUCUGGAUCCUGUUCCUCCUAUGCAGGGCUUCCGCGCAUCCACCCAUCCAUAGCCGUCGUAGGCGUGAACUGCCCGUUCAUGAAAAUCCCAGAAUCCUACACAUGCGGUAUUGACGAGGUCACAGAGAUGUACAUAGCCGAGAUCCGGCGACGCCAGCCCCAUGGACCGUAUGCGCUCGGUGGAUGGUCCGUGGGUGGUAUCUUCUCUUACCACAUCGCACAACAACUCGCAGCACAAGGUGAGCAAGUCAGCGAGUUGAUUCUCAUCGACUGCCCGGUCCCCCAGGGUCUGGACCACCUCCCACGCCGAUACUACGAGUACUGCAAUACGAUCGGGCUGCUGGGCGACGUGAACGGAGUCAAACGGGACCCGCCACCUUGGCUCAUUUCCCAUUUCGAGGCUUGCGUCAACAGUCUGCAUUCGUACCACGCAACACCCUUUGUGUUCGAUGACGUGCCACGUACACAAAUCAUCUGGGCCUGCGACGCAAUCGACAAACACUGCGAACCCAAGUUCGAGCGGAGACCAGACGACCCGGAGGGACUGAAGUUCCUCGUGGCAACUCGAACCGACUUUGGUCCCUGUGGCUGGGAAUCUCUCCUCCCCGAAGAAGACAUAACCUUGGAUAGGAUGCCGGGGGCCAAUCAUUUCAGUAUGAUGAAGGGGAAACUUGCGAAACGCCUGAGUGAGAUGAUUGAGGCAUUUUUGAUGAUUGGAAAUUGA